AUGUCCGAGCGAUCGAAUUCGGGUCGCGCCCCCUUAGUGGCAACGUGUAGCAAGGACGACGACGUGUCGAGACGAAUUCACGAAGCAACACGACGAUAUAAUCACUUUGGAGCCGAAGUUUUUGAAAGGUUUCGUGAGGAGCUUGGUGCUGGGCCAAACACCUACGAACGACUUCGGCAUAACUCGAUUCGGCGACGACUGACAAAGGUUGACAGCAAUGAUGACUCGGGCCGAGCUACUACCUCCUCUGAAGCCUCAUCUGUAUGCGAUUUCCCUGUCGACGACGAACCCACCGCUUUUUUACCCUACCGCAGCCGGUUACCGUUUGGUUCCACUCAAUCGGUGUUCGAUCAGAAUGACUUCUCAACGAUUUCCUCACGAUUGGAACAUAUCAAGCAGGAAUUUUUUGCCGGAACCGAUAAACCCUAUGCUUCUAUGUCCGGAUUCCAAACACCCACUACUGCUCUUGGAGCGGCAAUGCAGGACUUGAAUAUGAAAAGUAUGUUUGCUGUCUGUCAUAAGAAUUAA